AAAAAGAAACAAAAAAACAAUUGAUAAGAAACAGCCUGCGUCCCCCACAACAUGUGACUAAACCCAGCAGCGCCGGAACCCCAACAACUAUAUAGCUGCCUCCUUCUCACACUCCCACAAUUCCAAUUCCAAUUCCCAUCUCCGAAAGUACAAUUGGGACAACAAUAGUUCAAGAACUUUAGUUUAAGGUUGUGUCAAAAUGCGAAUGAGUUGUAACGGGUGUCGCGUCUUGCGCAAAGGCUGUACCCAAGAUUGUAGCAUUCGACCCUGCUUGCAAUGGAUCAAGAACCCAGAAUCUCAAGCUAAUGCAACCGUUUUCCUUGCCAAAUUCUAUGGUCGUGCUGGCCUCAUCAACCUCGUCAAUGCUGGUCCUCAACACCUUCGACCAGCGAUUUUUCGAUCCUUGUUAUACGAAGCAUGUGGUAGAAUUGUGAACCCGAUUUACGGUUCAGUGGGUUUGUUAUGGUCUGGGAGCUGGCAGCUUUGUCAAGCCGCUGUGGAAGCCGUUUUGAAGGGUGAGCCGAUCACGCCGAUCACGUCUGAAGCCGCGGCUAAUGGUCAAGCCCCACCUCUUAAACCCUACGACAUACGCCACGUGUCAAAAGACGAGAGCCCCGCGAAUGAAACAAAAAGGGUCAAGACCCGGUCCAAGCGAGCCGCUGGGUCGCUUAUUAAACCGAAGGCGAGUAAAGGGACCCGGUUCGCUGCGACGGAACCGGAGACGGCGAGUCACGAGUCCGGGCUGAGCCACUUGUCGGAGGCGGCGGCGGCGAUGAUGGUGGAGGGAGAGAGUAAAGAGAGUGAGAGCGUGGUGUCGGCGGAGACUUCGAACCUGUUCCGUGACGAAGCGGAGGCGGUUGAGGCGGGUGGGCGAACCGGCGAGGUUGGUUUGGAAUUGACGCUUGGGUUGGAACCGGUGUCACGUGCGUGUCACGUGGUGCCGGUGAAAAAGAGAAGAAUUGAGUUGGGUGAGAAAUUGGCGUGUAAGAUGGAGCUGGGGCUUGAGUACUCGGCUUAAGUGGUUUUGGCUUAAUCGGCUUUUCUUUCUAGAAGCUUCUAGGUGAGAUAAGUGAAGUUUAGAAGCCGUUGUUAAUUGUUAUUAUGUUUUUUAUUUUUUUUUUACAUAUAUAUUUCGAAAACUUUUUUUGGGGUUAAUUUUUGUGAAUGCGGUGCUGUACAAACAUGGUCGAAAUCGUGAUAUGUAUAGAGGAAAUUGGAAAUUACAACAUUAUAAGUAUUUAUUGCAAGAAGAAUGAUUUUUAUAAGUGUUUA